AUGAGUAGUUUAGUUGGUUUGAGGAAAAAAGAAAAGGUUGAUGUUAUUGGGCAGUUUGGUGUGCAGGUCGCUAACCGACUGCUUCGGAUCUUGUCAGCUUAUGUCACGGGAUUAUUGAGAGGUGACACGUUAAAUUUAGGGAGUAUGCGGAUUAUUAAAUUUGGGAAUUGA